UUCGUCGACGACGACGACAUCGUGCUCGCGUCGGCGGUGGCGCGCGUGAGCACGGGCGUGCGGAGCCCCGUGGCCUACGCGCGCGCGGGCCCGCGCGCGGCCGUCGCGCGGGCGGGCGCGGGCGUCGUCGCGGCGGUCGUCACGUGCGGCGGCCUCUGCCCGGGCCUCAACACGGUCACCCAGGAGCUCUACCGGUGCCUGAAGUCGCAGUACGGCGUCGGCACGGUGCUCGGCGCCGUCGGCGGCUACGCGGGCGUCGCCGCGGGCCGGUGGCGGCACCUCGACGACGACACGUGCGACGCCUUGUACGCGCGCGGCGGCACGCUCCUCGAGACGUCGCGGGGCAAGCAGGACGCCACAGCCAUGGCCGACGCCCUCGAGGCCGCCGGCGUCGACGCGCUUUUUGUGGUUGGCGGCGACGGCACGAUCCGCGGCGCGGCGUACCUGUGCGAGGAGCUCGAGAGCCGGGGCUCGAAAAUCUCCGUCGCCGCGAUCCCCAAGACCAUCGACAACGAUAUUCCGUUAAUCGACCGGUCCUUCGGCUUCGACACGGCCGUCGCCGAGGCGAAGCGCGCCAUCGACGUUGCGGUGGUGGAGGCGCGGUCGUUCCCGCGCGGUUUAGGCGUCGUCCGGUUGAUGGGCCGCGACGCGGGCUUCCUCGCGGUCCACGCGGCGCUCGCGGCGCCGGGCGACGUCGACGCCUGCCUCGUGCCGGAGAAGGGGUUUGCGGUCGACGGGCUCUUCGAGUACGUGGGCGAGCGGUUAGACGCGAAAGGCCACGCGAUCCUGGUGGUGGCCGAGGGCGUCGACGCGCGCGUCACGGACGCCGCGGGGAACCCCGUCGACGUCGACGGCGACAUCGGGCCCUGGCUCUGCGCCGCGGCGCGCGCGCACUUCGACGGGUCGCCGGGCCGGGCCGCCGUCUCGCUCAAGUACGUCGACCCGUCCUACACGGUCCGGUCCCAGGCGUCCGUGCCCGCGGACACGAUCUUCUGCUCGCGCCUCGCGGCCCACGCCUGCCACGGCGCCAUGGCGGGCUACACGGCCUUCGCCGUGGGCACGGUGAACUCGCACUUCGCGGAGAUCCCGCUCGCCGACUUCGAGAACCGCGCGGCGAUCACGUCCGUCGCGGGCCGCCUCUUCCAGGACUUGGUGCGGUCCACGGGCCAGCCCCAGUUCACCCAGGCCGCGGAC